AUGGAUAGCAAGGCGCCGGCGGGGGAGUUGGAGUUACCGCCACCCCCUUACACGGUCCGUGACGACGAUGCCACCUCCUACAAUGUCCUGCAACCGGUGUCCUUGACCUCACAGUUGCAACAUCACCGCAUGUCCUUACCUGACCGCAUUCGCGCAACGCAAGAGGCGCAUACAACGCAACAGUCGUUCGAUGACCUAGCCCUACUGGAUCACCUCGUACCAGGUAUCGAGACUUUCCUGGCCGAUCUAGGCCGUCGGCACACGGCGCCUUCGCUCGCAACUCUUACGCUUGUACCAGAGGCAGCCGUGCCUCGAGAUGCAGUACUGAGUGGGUUCGAGGAGAUGCGUCAGCGGGGCGAAGUCUGUGAGGUGUCGCGAGUGGCCGUCUAUCCCAAUUUAACGGACGGGAAGGACUCGAAGAAAAGAUCUAGUAACGCACAUGGUCAGGCCAGUAGUGGCGAUCAGCACUGGGCUUCUGGGAAGGAAUUCAGCGAUUGGGGCCGCUUUGGCGAGUUGAGUACGGCCACCGAAGACUCGACUUCGAAUGACGGAAUGUUCUGGUGGCGCGACGAAGACCUGGCGCAUCGUCUAGCAAGCUAUAUGCAGCCGAAGAUCGAGAAGAGGGUUUCUACAAAGCACAUGUCGGUUGUGCAGAACGUUGUAGAGCAGCGACUCCCGGCCCAAAAGGAUAAGAAAGGUUGGGCUUGGGGGAGACGUGUUUCCGGAAGCGGAAAGCGAGGCGAGGAUGUGUUACCGGCCGUAAAGCCCGUGGCAUCGGAGGACCAACAGCAAGCUCCGGACAGGGUCCAAAUGUCUGUCAUUGCGGAUAAGGUCGCAUUUCGCCGGGAGAACGACUUUGGAAUUUGGGAGAGUCUUGGCGGAUGGGCCAUUGUGGUAGCUGUGCGGGUACGCACGUAG